GCUCUCCCACCGGCCGACAGCCCCAUUCCUCUUCCUUCAAGUUGUCGACGCCGUAACCGCUCCGCAGCUCCAAGAACGGUGAGCCGUGAGCCGUGAGCCUCUCUCUCUCUCGCUCUCUCUUCUUCGUCCUCUUUUCCUCCGACGAAGACUAUUGUAUUCUUCGUCGGAACCCCUCCUUCCUUGGCGGCGCGGAGUCGCAGCGCCAGCUGGAGGCAGUUUUUUGAAGCGGGCCGGAUUGGAUUAUGGGGUUCGUGUUUCUACCCGUCAUGGAGUCGGGGCGGUAGUCGGGGCAGAUCCACUCCGUACACGUCCCACACCUGGUUGGAGCCACGAAGGGGUCGUAGGGUUCUGUGAUUUGUGCUCCAUUUUCACCCGAUGUCGUCGGGCGAGAAGGCUCCCGCCGAUGUCGGCACGAGCGGUAAAAGCAAGCCCGUCGCCAAUGUUGACGACAAGCUCGUCGCCGAUGUCGAUCCCAAAAGCGCUCCUCCCGAGGUUGAGCAACUUGAGCAACUGAGGCGGCGCCAGCAUGCACUAACAGGAGAAGUGAAUUUUUUACAGGAAGAAGAUACACGGUUGGAGACCACGCGUGUUAGAUUGUUGAAUGUUCAAAAAAGGCAUGAAGCUUUGAAGGAUCGCCUUUCAAGGGAUUCUGAUAAGAUGAUUUUUGAGCGUUUGCAGAAGGAAUUUGAAGCAGCGCGGGUUGCUCAAACUGAAGAGAUAUCAUUGGAGGGUGAACAAUGGAAUGAUGGUCUAUUAGCCACUGUUCGUGAGAAGGUUCACAUGGAAGCUGAUAGGAAGGCAAUGUCAAGUCAAACAAGCAUCCCGUUGGAUCCUCAAUUUAAUGCUAAAACUACUUACAGGAUAAAAAACCAGGUUAUCUGUUGUCUGGAGGGUGCAAGGAUUGGCAUUCAGUAUGAGACAUAUUUUGCUGGAGAGCCGUGUGAAAUUUACCAUUGUGUGCUCGAGAGCAAAUCAUUUCUUGAAAAGAUGACUGUGAUUGAACAUACAGUUCCUUUCUUCCUCCCAAUACGGGAAGCAGAAAAUGACCUUCUAUCAUCCAAUGCAAUUAAAUUCAUUGAUUAUGUUGGGGAACUUGUACAGUCUUAUGUUGACAGGAGAGAGCAGGUCCGACUUAUCAAGGAGCUGUAUGGAAAGCAAAUUGGAGAGCUCUUCCAUAGUCUCCCCUACAAUUUGAUUGAAUUUGUGUUGGAAGAUUUUGACUGCAAGGUGACUGUCAGUCUUAGGUAUGCGGAUCUUCUUUCAACGCUGCCGAGUAGAAUCAGGGUUUUAGCAUGGCCCGUCCAUCCCUCUAAGAAAAUGAUUUCAACCUCAGAUAACAGCAAUGAAGAAAGCAGUGAAGCGGCAGCGACAGUUGCUCAAUCUAUUCCAUCUCGCCUUUCAUAUGCUGAAGAUGCAUUGAGAACUAUGAGCUUGCCUGAAGCAUAUGCGGAGAUUGUAUUGCACCUGCCGCGCAUGCUGCAACAAAUGCACCAACAUGUCGUCACUGCUUCCUAACUGCUUCCUAACGGGCUCAAUUACUGUUGGCAAAAAAACUUGGAAUUAAUCUUUCAUUACUGUGAAUACAAUGGUGCCGAGUUUGGUAGAACGCCGAAGGCUGUCGUGCAGCAUAAAUUUGUAGUAGUAAGAGAGAAAAAUAUGGGGAGCGUUGUGCCUGCCUGAUACUCGGGAAAAUUACUGUGUUCUUUUACUCGAAACUUUUCUGUGAAAGCUGAAGUUGUAAGCCAUUUCAAGCAGUUCUAAUUGUUUUCGCCAAUCAAAUAGAACCUACAUGAGUCGAAUGCCCUCGAAAUCGAAAUCAUCUUAGCAUUCGGAGUAAAAGGGCGAAUACUAGCUUUUCUAACACUCUUAUGUAAUCGAAUGCCAGCUUUCCUGACGUUCUUAUGUAAUCGUCUUUUCUGACGUUCUCAUGUAAUCGUGGCGACGAUACUUUGAAAAUCGGGUGUGAGGUGCUUAGAUUGGCAUGCGUA